AUGGCAGCUUCCGAGAUUAAAAAUGCAAUAGAUAUCUUCACUAGUUUAAACCUGGAAUCUUACGCCCGCACACCACAGUCCCCCACCAUAGAUAGAACUUCUUCGAUCGAAAGACCUCCCCUUGUCUCAGGCGAAGACCUAAAAGCACUGACGGACAGCCUACACUCUAAAAUAUCAGAAUGUGUCAAACAUGAGAUAGCUACCAUUAGGGAAAGCCUCAUCUCCAACCCCGCACCCCCUCAGCCCCCUCAACCUACUUAUGCCCAAAUCGCUUCAACAUCUCCACCCCGUAAGAAACCGAAGUCCAAGCCCAGCUUAAUAAUUACCGCAAAAGUCCCGGUAAAAUCUAAAGCUGAGCUAAUAGAUAAGUGGCAGAGAAAUUCAACUUUCAAAAAUAGUGGCUUCGCACCAGAAAAGGUGAUACCGAUAUCAAACAAACGACUCAUGGUACAGUUCGAAAAUAGCCGACAGAGAGACGACACCAUAAACACCAUCCAAAGCUCGACAGAGUUGAACGCAGAGGUCCCUAAAAGACUGAAGCCCAUGCUCAUUCUGAAAGGCAUCAGUAAAAACAGAGACAAAAACGAACUAAUUGAUACCAUUAUAAAACAAAACCCCGAACUAGGUAACACCGAUAUUGAAAUGAAAGUUAAAUUUACGACAAACAAUAAACAUCCCGCCCUAUAUAAUGCUGUACUGCUCGUCUCCCCUCAUGUAUUUAACACCUGCAUCGAGAAGGGUAGAAUAAACAUUGAACAUCAAAAGAUAAACGUAUCCGAGCACAUCCCGCUGCUACAGUGCUUUAAGUGCUUAAUGUUCGGACACCUCAAAGCACUG